GACACAGCAAAUAUGCAGACAAAGAGGCUCUGGUUAGACGAGAUACAGCUGAAAGUUUUGGCUUUGAUGCAUAAUAUUUUUCGUGGAGGAAAACACACACAUUGCCCAUCACCCUGAAUGCACCAUUGUCUGUGAAACACAGGGAUGGCAGCAUCUUGAUGUGGGUUGUCUUUUUUCAGGAAGGACAGGCAAUCUGUUCAAAAUUGUUGGAAGGAUGGAUGGAAGUGAAAAAGGAAAAAUAUGAUAAAAAAAACAAAACCUGUUAGAAGCUGCAAAGUGUUUGAGUCUGAGCUGGAGGUUCACUGCAGCAGGAUAACAACCCUUACAUAAAGUCAGAGCUUUAGCGGAAUAUUUCGACUCCAUAUUUUAGCUCUAUUUUUUAUACAAGUACCAAUGAAGCAACGAUUAAGGUCUCCAAGCAAUAAACAUCUUUAUUUGAAAAGUACAAAUGGAUAGAAAUACUUUAUUGUUUUGUACAGUUCAGCUGGCUAAGUGCAGCCUGGUCAGUGAGGAUAUCAAUAAGCAAAUACAACUGGAUUAUGGCAAAAUUUAGCUUGCAGUAAACAGAUGUCUCCCAGCACAUAUCACCUGCCGCACUGGAAUUAAUACAAAAACUCUCUGAAGUACUUUCCACAGUUUGAGAACCAUAUGGUCCAGUCAAAGCCCAGACUUCAGUUCUGUGGCAGGACUUUCCGUUCAGAUUCAACCUGUCUUAAACUUGAUUACGUUAAAAAAUAAUAAACAUGAUGACAAAGUCAUUAUUUUAACUUUAUUGAACACACUUGUCGGGAGCAAUAGAUGCAGCCUGGCGAAGUUGGCCAUAAGGAGGAACAUCGUGAGGAAGAUCAUGUUUCCUGCCUGACUGCUCCUUUAACGCGGAGACCACCUGCUCCUCUGGCGUCAGCAGCGCCCACGGGCGGCACGAUGGCUGCACGAUCGAUCCGGCGGUGAAAUGUUGCAAUGUGACAUCUUCUCAUAACAACGCUGGCAUGCGCCGGAUAAAAGGCUCGGGAACGACUCCGUUUUGCCUUCAAACCUCUUGUAUCGGGUUUUGCCAGGAACCUCACUUGGUAAACUGUUCAGAGUGACAACCUCCAGCCAGCUAUGUUCUUCUUUCCCUGCGUUGAUCGUGCCUGAUGAAAGCUGCUAUGGCUUUUUGCAACGAAAGCCUGCUGGACGACUGUGACCUCUUGGAGCCAGAUAUGGAGGAACCAGCAGAAACUCUCCCGCCGGAAGCGUCGCCUCCUCUCAUAUCGGUCACUCUCCGGGUGACACUGGCGGCCAUUAUGAUCUUCAUGAUAACCAUCGGCUUCCUCGGCAAUGCAAUUGUUUGUCUGAUCGUCUACCAGAAGCCCGCCAUGCGCUCAGCUAUCAAUCUCCUGCUGGCCACAUUGGCCUUCUCUGACAUAAUGCUCUCGCUGCUCUGCAUGCCCUUCACCGCUGUCACCGUGGCUACCGCCGACUGGAGCUUCGGGAGCGGCUUCUGCCGGGCCUCCAUCAUGCUGUACUGGCUGUUCGUUCUGGAAGGGGUGUCCAUCCUCCUCAUCAUCAGCGUGGACCGGUUUCUCAUCAUCGUGCAACGGCAGGACAAGCUGACCCCACACAGGGCCAAAGUGCUGAUAGCAGGCUCCUGGGUGCUGAGCCUGUGCGUGUCGCUGCCGUCCGUGGUCGGGUGGAGGACAGGUGCAGCGGGGAUCGGGGGCACCUGGGCGCCGCAGUGCGUGCUGGGGUACAGCGAGUCGAUGGCAGACCGGGGGUACACGGUGCUCCUGGCUGUGGCCGUGUUCUUUGUACCAUUUGCUGUCAUGCUGUACUCGUACAUGUGCAUCCUGAACACGGUGCGCCGCAACACCCUGCGCAUCCACAACCACACCAGCGAGCGCUCCUGUCUGCCCGCCCUCAACCAGGUCAGCAAGAUGAGGCUCACCGGGCUGCAGCGGCCGCCUCACAUCAAGGUGGACAUGAGCUUCAAGACCCGAGCCUUCACCACCAUCCUCAUCCUCUUCGUGGGUUUCUCCGUGUGCUGGCUGCCCCACACCGUGGUCAGCCUGCUGGCCGUGUUCAGCCGGCAGUUCUACUACAGCCCCAUCUUCUACCCGGUGAGCAUCGGCGCGCUGUGGCUCAGCUACCUGAAGACGGUGUUCAACCCCGUCAUCUACUGCUGGAGGAUCCGCAAGUUCAGGGAGGCCUGUCAGGAGUUCAUCCCCAAAAGCUGCAGGCUGUGUCCCCGAAUGCCAGGCAGGAGCCACAGGAGAGUGAGGCCCAGCAACAUUUAUGUGUGCAGCGAGACUCAGUCUGCGGUGUGAAGCAGCGACUGACCCUCCCGCUAAAUGUUUUCAUGUUUUAAAUGCUCCCCCAAAACAGGAAGUAUGGUUUAAAGCAAUAUACCACCAAGCAUUGCUUCAAUAAUGAACGCUCCAUCUAAACAUAAUCUCUUGAACUUUUUCACAUUUGUUUUGUUUGCAACCAUAAAAACUUCAUGUGCAUACUCCAACACAAA